UUGGUGUGCGGGUGCAAAAGGACAACAAGGAGAGGGUGGACGAAGAUAGUAGGUGGGCGCAACGUAGCUAUUGCAUUAUCAAGUCAUCUGGUCAGCGUUGGCUGCUCCCCCUUUAACGUCUAUGUGGGUUGGUGGUUCUUGAAUUUGGACACCGAAAUCUCUCUCUUCUAUAUAUAAUAGUUAUGCGAGUGAUGAGAUGCAAAUCAACUACCCUUUUACACUUGCGAGUUGAGCUCCGCACAAGCAACGCCCAUCCUGUCCAUCAAAAUCCCCAUAUUAUAUUUUCGUCAUCUGGGUUGUGUGUGUGAGAGAAGUUGAGUCUUUGCCAUGGCGGAAGUGGACAACAAGCAAGUCAUAUUCAAAGGGUACACAGAAAAUGUCCCGGAAGAAUCAGAUAUGGAGCUCAAGGUUAGCAAAAUUAAGCUCGAGGCUCCAAAAGGGUCGGGAGCUUUUCUGGUCAAGAAUCUGUACCUCUCCUGUGACCCUUACAUGAGAGGCCGUAUGCGUGAUUUCCGUGACUCUUAUAUCCCCCCCUUUGUCCCUGGUCAGCCCUUGGAAGGAUUUGGUGUAUCCAAAGUUAUAGAUUCUGAUAAUCCAGCUUUCAAGCCUGGCGAUUUGGUUUCAUUGAUUACUGGCUGGGAAGAAUAUAGCUUGAUUCACAGAACCGAGCAGUGUAGGAAAAUUGAUCCAGAUGAAAUCCCUCUCUCAUACCAUCUUGGUCUUCUUGGUAUGGCAGGUUUUACUUCAUAUGCAGGAUUCUUUGAGGUCUGCUCCCCUAAGAAAGGGGAAUUUGUCUUUGUAUCUGCAGCUUCUGGAGCCGUGGGUCAGCUUGUUGGCCAACUUGCCAAGUUGCAUGGUUGCUACGUGGUUGGAAGUGCUGGCACAAGUCAAAAGGUUGAUCUACUGAAGAAUAAGCUUGGAUUUGAUGAAGCUUUCAACUACAAGGAAGAGCCAGACUUUGAUGCGGCAUUGAAAAGGUACUUUCCACAAGGAAUUGACAUUUACUUUGAUAAUGUGGGUGGGGAUAUGCUCGAUGCUGCACUUCUUAACAUGAGGAUUCAUGGCCGGAUUGCCGUUUGUGGGGUGGUAUCCCAGCAGAGUUUCACUAAGCCACAAGGAAUUUUUAACUGGUUCAAUCUCAUAACGAAGCGCAUCAGGAUGCAGGGAUUCCUGCAACAUGAUUACUUGCACCUAUACCCACGCUUCUUGGAAUAUGUCAUCACUAACUAUAAGCAAGGGAAAAUUGUUUACAUCGAAGACAUGAAUGAAGGCUUGGACAGCGCUCCAGCUGCCUUUGUUGGGUUAUUUUCUGGCAAAAAUGUUGGCAAACAGGUCAUUCGUGUCGCCCACGAAUGAUUAUCUCCUGGAGUGAGUUCCAAUAAGAUUGUGUUAUAUUAACAUAGAGGCAAAGAAACUUCCUUCUAGUUUAUGAAUCCAUUAUAGCGAAGUUGAAAGAAUUUAGAGCUUUAUGGCUCUCACUGAGAUGAUCUUCCAUGGAUAUUAUUGAUGGAUCAGAAAUAAAAAUGUGUGGUAUCAUUACUGAGUUUGUAUC